AUGAUCAAAACCUCAUCGUUGAUUGUUACACUUCUACUCGGUUGUCUAGUACUAGCUACCACUCUAGUACUCGCUGGAAGUCCACCCGCACCCGAUGCUUACGUUCCUCAAUAUUUUCCUCAAAAUUUUCCACCGUAUCAUAGUGUGGGAACUCAAUGGAAAGUCACACCUCCGCCACCCGUUCCUCACUAUACGUUCCCUAAAAUAGAGGCUCCUCAAGCACCUACCAUUCCAACAUUCACGGCACCAAAUAUUGCAUAUAGUGUUCCAGAGGUUCCAAAAUUCAAUUAUGUGCCUCCUCAAUUUCCAGAUACCUAUGUGCCACCACCUCCCAAGUUUAAUUAUGUGCCUCCACAAUUUCCUGACACUUAUGUGCCUCCACCUCCAAAAUUCAAUUAUGUGCCUCCUCAAUUUCCUGAUACCUAUGUGCCACCACCUCCAAAAUUCAAUUAUGUACCACAAGUGCCUCCAGUUCCUCCACAACCUAAUUGGAAUGAUUAUUUGAAGCAAUUCCCACAGUUCCCAAGUUGGGGUGAUUAUAAACCAAGUUAUAGUCAUCCUACUUUUUAUAGUGAAAAGGAUCAAGAAUAUUGA